UCUGCAAGAGCACCGCCCCGUCCCGCCUCUGGCUUCAAUUAGCGCACUUUUGCCUCUCGUCUCUCGCCUGGCGCUAAUUUGCUGUGACAGACUUAGAACUUGGUCACAGAUCAGUUGAUUUCUGAUUACGUUGCCAUGAGGUGCGUUACCUUGCUGCUACUUUAUCUCCACAUCGUUUGGGCUGAAAAUCAAACCCAACUUUGUCAGCAAGCUGUGAGCCCAAGGGAUGCGCUGCUGUCGCGUCGUGUGCGGGGUUUGGUCUUUCCGGACAAGGCCUCGCUGCUGCUCACAGCUGCCCUGACCAAGAUCAUUGUGGGUGGACGGCCGAGUGGGCUGCAGUAUAGUCUGGAAUUUGAUUUGUACGUGCCACUGCCGGAUACGGUGGAGGGUUGGCAGCCAAAGAUUUUGAAGAACCUGAAACAUAAACCCAAGACGAGUAGACGCUGGGAUUGGAAUGACUAUCAAAGACCCCGGAUUCCGAUGCAGCAAGAAGCGUAUGGAAGAGCGCCAUAUUACAGUCCCCAACGCACUGCGAAUUCGUUCUAUCAAUCACCCUGGCACUUGUCCACGGAGACCCCAUGGAAAAUCCAGCAACAGCCGCAAGAGGAGACCUAUGAGUCCUGGUCGCAUGUGCCACAAUGGAAGCUGCAUCGCGGCUACAGAGAACGCAGGGACAUCUUCGAUCAGUUUGAGGCCUUAGGGAGAGUCUUCCAAUUGGACAUUCGCAGCUGCAUAAAGCGCGCCAUGUGUGAGCUAAGAACGCGCCUCAAAGGAGGCUUUCUCAUGGAGGAUCUCAUGCGGAUUAUCCUCACCGUGCCUGAAGAGCUAACCGAUGACAAGUACAAACAUCCCAGUGACAUCCAAGACUGUGUGCGCUUCUAUGCCCUGAGCUGCCCCUACAAUGUUUUGGAUUUCCUGACACAAAAUUACCAGAAAUCAGGCGCCAAGUAGGCUGUCUGUCGAAACUCUAGGGCAUGCCAGAGUGCCAUUU